UUGGUAACAGUUAGUAUGUCAAUAAAUUCAGAAAAGUUGCUGCACAGUGGUCUUUUCAUCUUUACCAAAUUUAUAGGGCUACGCGUGUUGAAGUCAAAUACUUUCCAACCCAUCAGUGGUUUGGCAACCCGAGGGUAUCUUGCGAGCAUUGCUGGUCAGCCAGGUGGCCAGUCUACAGGUGUGCUGGCAGCACAUGGAGAGCCCAAUAGAUGUGGCCUGCACACUUCAUCUGCCUUAUGCUGGGAGAGGCCAACUGGGCCAAGGAAAUUUCUAACACACAACCAGACUGUGUUUCCACCAACACCAUUUGGAGAACAACCAAGACCAGCAUUUGUUUGCCAUAUGAAGAAAAAUAUCAAAUAUAGUCCCUCAAAAAUGUGGUACGUGGCUUGUUUGGUGCGUGGGCUUAGGAUUGAUGAUGCCAUCAAUCAGCUGAAAUUUGUUCAUAAAAAAGGAUCGGUGGCAGCUAGAGAGACCUUAGAAGAAGCUAAAGAGUUGGCUGUUAAGGAGCACAAUGUUGAAUUUGCAAGUAAUCUUUGGGUGUCGGAAUCAUUUGUUGGCAAAGGGAUGAUAAUUAGAGGCUACCGUCGACAUGCACGUCGAAGAUUUGGAAAAGUGGAAUACAAGUAUUGUCACUAUUUUGUGACAUUAGAAGAAGGCGACCCACCAGAGCAUUACUACCCAUUCCGUAGACCACGAACCCCUCAGGAAUUGCUGGAAGAGUGGAUGGAGGAGCAGCGACGUCGUACUAUAAUCAAAUCUCUCUAACUUCGCUACAUAUUUAAUAAAUAUGCUGUACUGUAUAUAUAUAUAUGUUAAAUAUUGCCAUUCAAAAAUAAAAACUCAUUUGUUUUGAAAUUUUCCUUUAGCAGCAAAUUAAGUCUAUGUCAUUUUUAUAUUACAGUAUUAAUAUUAUAGAAAAAUGCUAGAGCAGCAAGGGUUGUGCAGUGCUACUUGGUAGAGGUGAGGGAUGGUUGAGAGGGACUGAGGUGUUGAGGGAAUAAGAACGAAAUGACCUCCCAUUCCCAGGCAGUGUGUGACCCAUCACUGGUUUGGUGCAUCUAUAUCAAUAAAAUCACUACACUAAACCCAUAUAGGUUACAUAACUAUGAAUAUUAUAAUACUAUUGUCCAAUAGUAUUACAUGUAUAUGUAAACAGUAUUUAGAUAAAGGCAGGGAAGUUUUCAUUGCAUUUAUGGAUUUAUUAAAGGCAUAUGAUAAGAGUGAAUAGGAGGGGAAUGUGGCAGAUGUUGCAAGUAUAUGGAAUAGGUAGUAAGUUACUAAAUGCUGUAAAGAGCUUUUAUGAGGAUAGUGAGGCUCAGGUUAGGGUAUGCAGGAGAGGGGAGAUUACUUCCCAGUAAAAGUAGGUCUUGGGGAUGUGUAAUGUCACCAUGUUUGUUUAACAUAUUUAUAGAUGGGAUUGUAAAAGAAGUAAAUGCUAGGGUGUUGUGGAAAGGGGUGGGAUUAAAUUAUGGGGAAUCAAAUACAAAAUGGAGUUGACAUACUUUUUGCUGAUGACACUGCUUUUGGGGGAUUCUAAAGAAAAGUUGCGAAGGUAAGUGAACAAGUUUGGGAGGGUGUGUAAAGGUAGAAAGUUGAAAGUGAAUAUAGAUAAGAGUAAGAUGAUGAGGGUAUCAGAUGAUUUAGAUCAGUGGUUCCCAAACUUUUUCAGCUUGUUACCCAAUUUAACAUGCCACAUAAAGCAUGUUACCCCUUUCACAAAAUGUUGUUAUUAUUGAUAUAUAUGGCUAAAUUAAAACACUUGAGAUA